AAAAAAAAUUCAAUGUAUGUUCGAAGUCACAAAUCAAUAGCAUAUUCUAUGUUCUAUGUUUUAAAAAAUGCGCGGAAAAUUUUAUCAUCCGUGCAAAAUGAAUCCGUGAUUUGUACUAUUUUUAUCUAUUUCCGUGCAUCCGUGACUUGUCCGUGUUUUGUCAACCUCCUCUUUAGAAUAACAAAAUCUCCCUCUCAUUCUUUUUUCUGUAGGAGGUUGAAAGUCACCGCUCCACCUCUGGGUCUAGUACAUUGCUUGGGAUAUUUGAGAUGAAAUAGGAACCAUCUUCGGGAAAAUAGCGAAGUUAACUCAUCGUGACAAGUACUUCGGAGUUACCUUUCUUUGAUUACUCUCUUCUACCUACCCGGAAGUGGUCAGGUCAUGAAAAUAUGGCGUCUGCAAGUUUACCAGCUCGAAGUAAUCGAGAUGACUCCAUUAAAAGAACGAAACGACAGACCGCCCAAGACACAUUGGUGUCAAUGGGAUUUCCUAGAAAUCGAGCAGAAAAGGCAGUUGCUGCUACUGGAGACCGGGGAAUUCAGUUGGCAUCAGACUGGCUUCUAUCACAUGUAGAAGACCCCACCCUAGACGAUGGAACCCGUAGAGAAUAUGUGCUGUACCUUUGUCCUAAUGGUAAAUUACAGGAUGAACUGAACAAGUUCUGGGAGAAAAGCUUGUCUCAGUGUGGAUGGAAUGGGGCCCAUUCCUACUUCCCACACAUCACAAUGUGUCCCUUCUUUACAGCUGAUGAUAAAAGUGCAGGAUUUUUGAGUGAUAGCUUCCUAAAGUUAGAAAGCAAACUUCGACAGGCCCCAGACCACCUGAAGUUGGAUUUCUUUAGUCAGAUGAAUUUUGUUGGUUUAUUUGUGAAGGAUAACAUGUAUGAUUUCCUACAAGAAUGUGUCUCAGUGUUCUGCAAAGAACUAGCUAAAGGAGGAAUCAAAAUAGAGCCUCACAAGAAACAGCUCCACCUUACUCUAGCAUACCAGUACCCACCAGAGCAGCAUGACAAGCUCCUUAAAUUUGCCAAAGAAAUUGACCUCACGGUUGAUGUACGAUGGGAUCUUCGCUUAUAUUCACGAGAUCCCAGGGCAGGCAAAUGUGAGAUUCGGAAAGUGGUAAAAGCCUACACUCCUCAAGUUGGAGAUGAACUGGAGCUCAUUGAUGGAGAUUACAUUUUUCUUGAUCCUAAAGAACUUACUAAAACCAAAGAUGGCUGGUAUCCUGGAGUGUCAUGGCUGACUGGGGUACUAGGAAUGUUCCCUGGAGUCUACACCCAGAAAACAGCAGAAACAUGGACCUGGGCACUUCACAGAUCUUUACCAUUACAAGUAAGGCCAAAGUCAAUGGCCAUCACCAAUGGAAUCAUUGUAGAGGAAGAUUAUGAUGCAAUAUGGCACGAUGACAAGGAUUAUGCUAAGGUCAAUAAAGUCUUCAUAAAAGAGAAAAAACAUCGCAUUACUCCUGAGGAAAAGCGAGAGCAAAGAAAAUUGAUUAUCUGUCGCCAUGGAGAAAGGACUGACUUUGCAAUGGGUAAAGGAUGGUACGACAUGUGCUUUGAUGAUGAUGGUAGAUAUACCAGGACUAACUUAAAUUUACCAAAGAAGAUGUUGAUUAGGUUUAAUAACCUUGAGUACAUAAAUGAUCCACCUCUGACAGAAGUAGGAAAGUUACAAGCACAGCUGACAGCUGAAAUGCUGAUGGAAAACAAAGUGUUACUAACUGCAGUGUAUACCUCCCCUUCUCUGCGUUGUGUUCAGACAGGAGCAGAAAUUCAUCAAGCACUAAAACUCCAAAGCAAAAUGAAGAUUGAACCAGGCUUGUUUGAGUGGACAGGUCACACUAGUGUUGUGCCAAGAUGGAUAUCUCCUGAAGAUUUGGCCAGACAGGGUUAUGCAAUUGACACCACAUACAUCCCCCAGGUCCCACGGGACAAAAUAGAGGACGGGGAAUCAAUCGGUAAUCUGUACGCUCGGUCCACGGAAACCUCCCGACAGAUCCUUAAACUGUAUGAGAAUAAAGGUGGCAAUAUUUUAUUCGUUGGUCACUCUGGUACAUUGGAUUUAUGCACACGAAUCAUCACUGGACAGACCCCACGAACUAUGACCUCGUACCGAGAAUUCCUACCUAAGGUGCCCUACGUGGCUAUGUGUGCUGUCGAGGAGGAUGUCAUCACUGGAAAGUGGAAAUUCAUAGAUCCACCUACACUGCCUAUAUCACAUGGACGCAACAUUGUGCAGAACGUCAGAGAUAUUCUCAAUGGAUGAGCUUAUCUUAGUAUGUAGAUAUUGUAUGUGCCAAUAAUAACAGGUAGCUCACAAAUGAAAAAAUGCAGUUCUUGUUGAUUUUUAUAAAUAUUUGUAUAGACAUUGAAACUAGCUCAAGUUUUUCUCUUAUCCCAGUGAAAAAAUUGCCAUUGAUUGGACUUUUAUCCAGCUGUAUGUAUGUUAAUAGCAUCAAUUUUCUUGAUGACAAAUGUGUACCUCCACAGUUAGUUAUAAGUGAAGGAUGGAAACACAUCAUUACUUGUGCUGAGAUCAGUACCACAAUAGAAUAAGGUAGCUCCUGUUGCAACAGGACUUUCUUAAUAAGAUAGCAUAGUCAUAGAUAAGCUGGGAAUUUUUUAAAGUCACAAACACACUUUUUAUUAUCAAGUGAUUAUAUUCCUGAAAAAAGAAAUUAAAAUUUUAGACGUUUGAAAUAGGAUUUGUUAAAAUAAGCAAUAUUUCUGAUGUUUGAUAAUUCUAUGCUUUUUGACUAGGAAGUCUGCAUUAUUAGGGCAAUGCUUUGCAGAUACGGAUUGAAGCACGCUCCUAACUGCUGUGUCUGUUAUUGUGUUUAUAUCCUGUAUUUUUCUACCUAAAAACUUCUUAUUCAAUAUACGAGUGUUUAAUAGUCAGAAAAGCUAGAACACUCAUAGAUUCUAAGGCCGGAACAAGUUUAUGAUGCGGAUUAAGGACACACACACGAUGUUUCUCAAUAAUAUAUAAUUUUGUGACGUUUGAGGUACAAUUCACUUGCAUCCUAUCUUGUUUCUGAAAUAAAAACUUGGGGUAUAUGUCCAGGUUUGUUUUAGAGUUAGCAUAUUUUAAUAGCUCAUGGUUGUGGCAAUGUGAAAUCAUUCGUAGCACAGAAGGUUGAAAAUAUGAACAUUACUAAGCUUUUGUAGGAAAGCAGCAGGGGACCAAUCAGAAAUUGAACCUGUAACCCUUACAUUACUAGUUAGGUUGCAGAAAAAAUUCAUAUGCAAAUUUUUUCUGCAAUGAUUGCUACCUUCAUCACCCAAUGAAACAACAAAGAAAGACAUUUUAUUGUUUAUAUUUAUAUUUUUAUGUAUUGUUUUAAAAUAUAAACUACAUUAAAGUACUAAAAUAUCAUAUGGUUGACCCAUUUGUUACAUUAAAUGGAACACCUUUGACCUUGAUGACACUCCAUAUUUAGUAAUGAUUACACAGACAGGUGGUACUAAAACAUUGGAUUGAACUAGUUUUCAAGAAACGUACUUUCAUUAUCGUAGAUGAAAACAAUGCCAAUUUCAACGGAAAUAAAAGAAAAAAGAUUCAGUGAAUGUAAAUAAAACAAUAUAAAACCUAUUUCAGGAAUCUUACAAAAACUCCUCAUAUGGAGAUGAAAAAAUAGUUUUGGAAACAAUGGCAGAAACAUCGUGUGUGACCUUAAGUGACAAAAACUGGACUAUUUUUCAAUCUGAAGACUUUAUUUGGUACAAAGGUAAAUGUAGAUGAUAGAAAAAGGAAGAUACAUAUAUAUUUUUGGGUCAGUCAGGCUCACAAGUCAUUACAAGUCACAAUGACAUGGAUUUGAGCUUAUUGCAGGGCAUAGCUUGAAUUACUGGGGCACCUUUUGAUUUUAUUAAAAGGAUUACCACCAAGUAUGUACAGUGUAUAACAAAGAUUUAAAAUUCAUGAAUUUAAUUUCAUUUAUAAGACAAUUUUAUUGGGUUUUUUUUUUGGUCACCUGAGUCACUUGAAUGACCUAUUGUGAUUGGUAAUCUCUUACAAUUUACAAUGAAAUAACAUGACUAUUUUUCAUCAAUAUUUUGGUGUAAUAGGAAGUAGAUUUGUGAAUUUCUUGAUCACUGGAGCCUGUGGCAUGGGGCCAAAACCUUACAAAAUGAUGCUAUCUUUUAAAAUCAUCUUUACUCAGGGACAUCUAGCAGAAAAGCUGUUGAUAUAUCCAUGACAAGCAAGGAUCCCUCUACCAAAAUUGUGAAAAUUAUGGCCCCUGAGUUAAGGGUUCUGGUGCCAGUAUAGGCUCUAUGGUUCAUGUUUGAUGAAAAGUUCAAUGUUUGACAAAAAACUUAAUUUGCAUAGUUUUCAUCAAGAGUUUUCAGGCUAGAUAUGAUGAAUAUUGAUUGAAAUCAAUUAUCAAGUACAGGUAUUAAUAACAAUAUAUACUUUUAUACUGUGUAUUUACAAAUGAAAGUGUACAUGUAGUCUUUAGAUGUCACUUUAAAAAGUUCGUUCUUGGUGGGGAAAAAAACUCCAAAAAACAAAAACAAAACCCCAGAAAAAACCAACUACAUACACAUGUAUGUACUUCCAAAAGUUGGGAAUGUUAAAGUCAAAAUGCAGUACAUGAAUUGUCAUAAAUGCUGUUCUUCUUGGACAUUGGGAAAAAAAAUGAAUUUGGAAAGCUAAGGACAAUUUAUUUUCAAUUAUCAAAAAUGACCUAGUUUGAUUAAAUGGUCCAUGGAAGAGUUAUGUUACUCUGGUGACCAUUAAGGCCCUUGGUGCCUCUUGUUUGACUUUCUCAACAUUCUUAUAUGUUGUAUAAAGUGAGUUGAUGUUAGGUCGUAUGUACAUCCUGGUAAUAUUGUCACAAUACAUUGAGCUCCUGUUUCCAGUUUGUUGUUACAAUAUUGCUCUGCAUCGCAUGAAACUCAAAAUUACUCUAUAAUUAUUUGUCAAAUUACUUCAAAUGUGUUUUCAAAGAUUAAAUUAUAAAGAAAAUAAAAUUGUUUAUCAGAAGUAGUAAACCACCUUACUUUAUAUGGUAUGAGUCAAUAUUAUUUUCACUCCUAAACCUCUCGAACAUAAAUCUUGAGGAAAAUUAUUUCAAUGAAAGUCUAGCUGCCUUACCUUGCUGGAGAUUUAUCCUAUCCUUGUAGAAAGGAGAUGGUCCUUGUUAAGAUGAAGGGUUUUUAAUUGGCAGGGACCAAUCUGCAGUCUCAAGUAAAUUUACUAGGUAUUUGAUUUUUGUAAAAAUAUUUUCAUUUGUAGGAGUAUGUCAUUUGUUUUUUUUUUUUUUUUUUUACUUUUGACAUGAUGAGUUCAACAGAAUUCUUGAAAACGUUUAUGCAUAGCUAUUAAAAUUCCUUGUUAUGGAAUCGAGUUUUUCAGAACUGUUAUAUUUUUAGACUUAUUGUUGUUGGUUACUGUUGAGAAUCUUUAUGGAAUGAUUUUAUGAAUUUGUUUACUGUAUAUAUUCGUUUUUCAAUUGUUGUCAAUACUUGUAUAAAAGAUAUUGUUAUUUCUUUAUAAUGAAGAAGUUUAUUUUGUAUGAUCUUUGUAUGUUAAUACUAUAUAUACCCACCACUUAUUAAACCAGCCAAAAAAUUCUUUGUCAGCAAAAUACUCCCUGCACUUUCACUUGCAUUCAUUAGCAAGCUUAUGAUCGAUAAUUUAUUUUUCACUUGCUCAUAUUACAUAAUCAUUUGUAGAUAUUUUCCUUUUCGAAAAAAAAUAUCUUAAUGAAAUCACUUCAGUCAUACAAAUACUGUAAGUAAAGUUUUAUUCGCAUUUUGAUGUUUUUGGUUUGUCUGUCUGUUGCAACUUUAAACUACGAUAACUUUUUUUAAAACUACAAUAUUUUUAAAUUAGGAUAAAGACUUCAUACUUAGUGAACUAAAAGGUCAAGUUCAUUCAUCAAAGUCAAGGUCAAAUUUAUCUUAAUUGAAUGUGGCCUUGCUUGGGGCAAUUUGUGAUUGACAAAUGAAAGGUGAAGAUAAUGAACAGUGAUAAGAUAUAAUUUGUUAACGUUAUUUUUUUUUUUAUUUUUUUUACAGUAAUUCAGAAUUUUGUUAGAUUGUGACGUAGGUAUUGUUUUUAGUUCCUUGGAGGAUAUUUUCUACUGCUUGAUAUCAGUCCUGUGCAUAUUGAAAGUAAGCCUCAUAAAAGAAAUGUCAUGCACAGUCUGAAUUUUGUCAACAGAGAUUGAAGACUGAUUGUUAGUGAAGUAAUCCACUGUCAGCUGAAAAAUGCUUAAGAAAUAUACAAACAAAAGGAUGGAAUAGACAUCCCUAAAAAUGAUUAUACGUGGUAUUACUCUUGCAUGAACAUUCUUUUUACAUUGAAAUUUGUUCAAUGGUUUUUGUAUAAGUUCUGUUUGUCAUGAUAUAGUUAAUUAUUAAAUUCCUACGGGAUCAGACGGCCAUCUUGUGUAGUUAAUUGCAAUCCAGAAAAUUUUAAAUAUGAUCUGACACUUGUAGCAUCAUUCAAUUCAUUAACAAAAUCAGAUUUAGAAUUUCAAAAAUUUUAUUGAUUUAUUGUCAGAAUUAAUACCUAAGAAAGCACAUCCUGAACAUGACAUAAUUAAUAUUUAGUAAGUUGCAUAUACUUCCAUUCAUUGUCAUGCUGCCACCCAAAAGAAGCAAUAGUAAUUAAGCUUUAUUUACAUUCUAAUUUUGUCUCAGCCAAGAUUGGUGAAUUUUAUACAUCAUCAAUAUCUUUAUAUAUUUUUAUUGAUACCUGUGAUUGUUCAAGAAUGUUCAGACUACUUUGGACAGAUGCUUUGGGCUGUAUGCAUGUUCCUUGAAAUAAAGGACUGUGAUGUCACAAAAGGAAUAAUUUCAUGCAAUUUCUGAAAUACAGUCAAAAGUAUACAAUUAUCACAGCCAUUCUAGAACAUUUUCUCUGAGGGGCUAUGACAUCCCCUCUUUUGUGAAGGCUGAGGGUAUUUUCUAACAUAGACAGUUCCUUUAACUGUUGUCCCCAGUACAUGAAGGUUAUAAUUUCCCCAUGAUAGUUAUAGGGUAUCCUAUCCUAUUAUAAGUAGGUAUGUACUGCACAACAUUUACAUACUGUCCCUAAAGACAUCCUAUGAUCAGUAGGUGUAUUCCACACAACAUGUAUAUACUGUUCCUAAAGACAUCCUAUGAUCAGUAGGUAUGUUUCACACAACAUUUACAUACUGUCCCUAAAGACAUCCUAUGAUCAGCAGGUCUAUUCCACACAACAUUUACAUACUGUCCCUAAAGACAUCCUAUGAUCAGUAGGUCUAUUCCACACAACAUGUACAUACUGUUCUUAAAGACAUCCUAUGAUCAGUAGGUCUGUUCCCUAAAGACAUUAGGUGCCAUAAGCAUAAUAAUUAUAUUUUUAGCACACCUGAGCUGAAAGCUAUUCAAGUAAGCUUUUCUGAUCAAAAUGUGAUAGCCAGUAGUCUGUCUGUUAAUCCUCUCAAGAGCCACUAAACCAUAGAAAAAUCUUAUAUGAUGGUUUAAUAUUGAUCAUCGUUUAAAUUUGUUCGACUCAUAACCCCUGGGGUUUGAAGUUUCACAUUGUGAAGAAAUCGUAGAACCACGAGGUGCAGUUGUCAUAUUUACAUGCAAGUAGUGUAGAUUCAAUUUUUUCAACAAUGACUCUUGGAACCAAGGCAGGGCCACAAUAGUCAUAUCAACAGUUAACCAAAGUUAUGUCCCUUGCCCACCAUCUUGUGGAGAGAACCUAUUUUACCCAUAUUGACCGUUGUAGGUUUUCGUUCUGUGUCCAUCUAUUUUAAAUGAAUUGUAGAUUUACACCUUGGCUAUCAAACAUUUUUACAAAGGGACGCACAAAAAAUUCUUAAGUCUAUUCACAAUCUAACUAGAUUGAUCUUUUCAAGAACCGCAAGUGUACAUAUUGACAAUUAAUAUGCAAACAUCCUCAUAUAGUGUAUAUUCAAGUUUGCAAUUACUUAGGUGAGCAUUGUGACCCAUGGGCCUUUUGUUUAUUUUUUUCCUCUCUAGUCAUAAACAGCUUUAGAAGAUAUACAUAUUUGAAAUCAUGAUAAAAGUGAGAUUUUAAAUGAAAAGAUGUAGUUAUUUUUACCUAUAGUUUUAAUGAGCAAGACUUUGUUAAUGAGUGUUACUUAAACUGAUCAAAAAAGUACAUUAUAAGUUAACUAUGUGAAUAUUUGAUACAUAGUUCAACAAUGUAUAUAUGUAUAUAUAUUUUUUAUAUUUCUGUUGAAUUAUUGUUAUGUUUUAUGAUAAAUCACAAUUUCUGUCUGUUUUGUACUCAAACAUUGACAUAGUGUAAGUUGUACAUCACUCCCUGGCUAAAAUAUUGUUUUCCUUGAUUUGAUCUUUAACAGCUAGCUAUUUCCUCAGUGAUGUGGCAUCUAUCAGAACAUCCACCAUUCAGUGCUUGAGGAUCGUUAAAACUGGUCUUAGAUCACUAUACAAAAUAAAAUGUUAUAUCAUGGUAA